AAAUAGCAAGCAAAUAGAAUAAAAAACUGGAUUCAGCCAUGUUUCGACCGCAGCUGAACCCGUCCGAGAAUAUCCGUGAAAAGAUGCGACUGUUCGAGGUUCAAGAUGCGAGCCUAGAGUGCUCCGGCGGCCAGCGGAGAAGACACUCGGACGUCCAGCAAUAUCAGCAGCAGCAGCAGCACUUUAACCUCACCAGUGGCAGCGCCUCCUACGACCAGUUUCAAACCACCAUCACAAACGACAGGGGAAGUACUAGAAUGAUGCCGCCGAUCAACCGGAACGACGCGCAGCAGGGCCACUCCGACGGCGGCCAGGGCCUGAUCGUGCCGAAGAAGCUCAUCAACCCCUGCGUCGACUCGAUGGACCGCCAGAACCUGCACCGGGAGCUCAUGUUUAACCAGAAGAUGGGCAAAAGCGUCCUCAACCAGAAGAGCGAACUGCAGCGCGCCCUCGAGAAGCAAAAGGAGCGCCAGGUGCUGGCCGCCCAGAACCUGGCCAAGCAGCAAGCCGCGGAAAACUCCAUCGCGAACGAGCUCGGCCGGGUGAUAAUGCAACGCGCCGCCCGCCUCGAGCAGAAGAACCUGGCGGCGGCGGCGGCCGGUUCCGGUUCCCAGUCCGACCCCCAUCCCGACUCGAUCAACCCGGAGUACCUGAACGCGCGGGCCAAACUCCGCGCGACUCAGGCCGCCGCCGUCUACUCGAAAUAGGUUCUUUUUGCUUACGUUUUAAGGUUGAUUUUAGUUAAGGCAGCAAUCUUUCACAGACAAACAGAUGUAACACACACACACCUUCACCCCAACCCCAACUCAGAGUAAUUUUAGCGAAAACAGAGAUGAGUAAUUAAGUUUUAACGUGUAGACAAGUGAUAACGACUUUGAUGAUUUCCGGUUCUGUUCUGUGUAAUUAUUAUUAUCAGUUUUUUUCUAUUCUUUCUUUUGGUUCGAAUCGAAAAAACCAGAUGACACAGAUUUUGCAAUUAUCCUAGAUAAAUACGAGCGCGCGAAAGAGAGAAAGAAAGAAAGAAGUCGAAUAUGAAUCGAAACAAAAAAAAAUACGGAAACAAAUUGCGAAUAAAUAAAUCGUUUUCGGAGAGCGCAAUUGCUUUAAGUAGUUCUUAAUGAGUUAUUUUUGUAAUUCUUUUUACCUUUUUAUUAGAUAGAAUGAUCUGUUGACAGUGUCUGUGCGUGCGAGAAAUCGAAGAAAGUGGUGGGAAGGAUUUUCAGUAAAUUAUAUGUAGCAAAAUUGUGAUAAAAAAUAACCGCGA